ACGCGUCUCCGGUCUCGAGUCGACACGACGAUGCAUCUCGCGCUCGCCCCGAUCGCGCUCGCACCCGCGCGCGCGGCGAUGCCAUCCCGCGCGUCUCUCGGCUCGCGCGCGCCGCUCGCGCCGCGUCCCGUCGCGACCCCCGCCCGCCGGGCCCGCCAUCGUCCCGAGCGCGGCGUCCUCCUCGCGCCCCGCGCCGCUCUUCCCGAUCCGGCCGCGGUGAACGACGCGCUGUUUCAGCUCGCGGGCAACGCGAACGAGCUGGUGGACGGGUGCGGCGUCAACGGCACGUGCGGCCAGGUGGCGGCGCCCCCAUUCGCGCUCAUCGGCACGGCGAUACUCGUCUCGGGCGCCGUUCUCGCGUUCGUCACGUUCGGCAUGAAGGGAGGCGCGGACGCGGCGAGCGAGAUGCAGCAGCGCGACAAGGACUUCUUCGGCAAGAAAUGAGCGAGCUGCUCGCGGUUGGUGCGUCGGAGAUCCCGCGGCGUGCGCGCGACGUGAGUUAGGGUUUCUUCGCGUGCGUCGGGAAGAAGUGUAAACGACGCAAACU